ACGUCAUUUGAUGGAGUGAUUAUCUAUCGUUGUCAGAAAGGCUGGGCUCGUUCAAAUAAUAGCACAAUUCGAAUGUUUUGAUUAUUGAUCAUUUCCUGCACCCUGCUUUUGGGCCUGGUCGCGAGAUAAAUGCAUUUUUAUUUGUUUGUUAAAUGAGAUAAUAUAUAACGGCUGUCUAAAGGUUUUUAUUGACACUGUCAGGAGUUAUUAUUCAUGAACGUUUAUUUUUCUGGGUGUAAUUUAUUGUGGAAAUAGAUAUGCAGUGCAUCAUAGCUGGGGCUAUUUCAAAUAUUUCAACACACAUGCACUGUGGCAAAAGGAGAUGUAGCCGAUGAAAUGGAGUAUGACGAGAGACUGGCACAAUUCCGCCAAACCCGCCUCAAUCCCUUCGAUCGAGGAGAAAAAGAGGAUGGUCCCCAAAGGGGAAGGACACCCCCACAGCAGGAAACAAGACAGGAGCUGUUUACUGGGACCAGAAUCCAAAGUUCAGACGGAACCAUGGAUCUUGGUCUAGCUGAGGACCACUUCUCGAGACCUGUGGGUUCAUUUGUGGCCUCCGACAUAGAGCAGUUGAAACUGGCCAUAGAGGAAUGUAAGAAGCUGAUCUUGGAGCUGCCAGAACACUCAGAAAAACAAAAAGACACGGUGGUGAAACUGAUCCAUCUUCGUCUUAAACUGCAGGAGCUAAAGGAUCCCGAUGAGGAUGAGCCUAAUUUGAGAAUGGUUCUAGAGCACCGGUUCUCCAAAGAGAAGAGCAAGAGUGUCAAACAUACCUGUGACAAAUGUAGUACCAUCAUCUGGGGCCUCAUCCAAACAUGGUACACCUGCACAGGUUGCUAUUACCGCUGCCAUAGUAAGUGUAUGAACCUAAUCACUAAGCCCUGUGUGAGGUCAAAGGUCAGCCAUCAGUCCGAGUACGAGCUCAGCAUCUGCCCUGAGAUCGGACUGGACCGCCAAGACUAUCGUUGCGCGGAAUGUCGCGCGCCGAUUUCACUGAGGGGUGUACCAAGUGAGGCCAGACAGUGUGACUACACUGGCCAAUAUUUCUGCAGCACGUGCCACUGGAAUGACGCGGCCAUCAUCCCAGCACGAGUGAUCCACAACUGGGAGUUUGAACCGCGCAAGGUUUGUCGAUCCUCGCUGCGGUACCUGGCCCUGAUGAUGUCUCGGCCUGUGCUGAAGCUGAAAGAAAUCAACCCGCUGCUCUUUAACUUUGUGGAGGAACUGGUUGAGAUCAGAAAACUUCGUCAUGAUAUUCUACUGAUGAAACCCUAUUUUAUUACUUGUAAAGAAGCAAUGGAGGCUCGACUUCUACUUCAGCUUCAGGACCGCCAGCACUUUGUGGAAAACGACGACAUGUACUCGCUGCAGGAUUUGAUUGACAUCUCCAGCGGGCGACUGAGCUGCUCUCUCACAGAAGUCCACACCACAUUCGCCAAACACAUCAAGCUGGAUUGCGACCAGCGUUGCCAGGCCAAAGGCUUCGUGUGCGAGCUGUGCAAGGAGGGAGACAUCCUCUUUCCUUUUGACAGUCACACCUCGGUUUGCCACGACUGCUCAGCUGUCUUCCACAGGGAUUGUUACUACGACAACUCGACAACGUGUCCACGGUGUGCCCGGAUGACCGAACGCAAACAUGAUGAAGACUCAAAAGAUGCAUGAAGGAAGUCGAGGUUGCACUUGUCCGAACGAGGUCGUGUACAUAGCGGAAUCCUGGUAGAGUAGCAAGCAACUAACAAUUUGCUGUCUCCUGCUUUAUUGUAUUUAUCAUCCUGCACGUUUAUGUACAGGAAUUUAAAGCGUCAAUGUUAUUUACCUCGAAAAUUGCUGCAAAUAAAAUCCAAAUUGUAAAGAUGAAGAUACUACAUAUCCAGUGCUGGUCCAUCUAUUUAACAUGAAGCAAAAAUGUAUGCAUUUUUUUUUUUAAACAUUAAAAUUUACAGGGUUGUUUGUCCGUGUAACUUGAAUUAUGGUAUGGUAUAAAUGUGCUUGUUUUAGUAAGGAUAAAUGUAAAGCUAUGUUAGCUUGCAUUCCAAAUGAUGUAUUAGUACCAGAGGUGUACCCAAGUGUAUCGAAUCCAGUAGAUGUGAAUACUUGAAUACGUUGCGAUUGGCAGGUUAGAAGAAGCCGUGAACCAAACGUCAAAAUAAUCUCGGCGACGCGUGAACGUUUUUUUAUCGUAAUGAACCUGAAUUACAUUUAACCAAAGGACGUGAGAAGACACCUUUGAUUAUGUGUAAAUGUUGAAAUAAUAUAUUUGUUUUAAAAUAAUAACUCUUUGCUGUUAUUUUUCAGCAUGACG